CACAAGGCCUGCGGCUGGAUCACUCUUCCAUAAAGUACCUAGCAUCAACAGCAACCAACAUCCAACGCGCUAUUGAUAAGGACCGCAUGUGCAGCCACACUAGGCCCCGUUGCUUCGCGCCACGGGUUCUGGUCAGACUGCUCUUCUUUGCAAUUACAGCUCAGCGCACCUACUUUCCGUCGCCAAUUCUGCAUUGGAGCUCCGAUCGCCGCACUAUCCCACUUGGCGUGCCAUGUCUUCACUCUGGGCGCAAUUUUGGGCAGCCAGGCUCCCUCCCGCAGACCCUGUCCAUCUUUCGUAUAAGGAUAAGGCCGUUCUAGUUACAGGUGCAAACUCUGGCUUGGGCCAUGAAGCAGCUGUGAAAUACGCUGCCUUGGGCGCUGACCCUCUUAUACUUGUUGUGCGAACUAUAGCAAAGGGUGAACAGGCGCAGGCGGACAUCAUUCGUCGUACGAAAUGUUCUCCCGAGAUUUUUAUUAUUGAGACCGUGGACUUCACCGAACUCGCAUCAGUCAAAGCCCUCGGUGAUCGCCUGGCGUCACACCGUGACCCUCGAGUGCAACAGCUCCACGUUGCCCAGCUUGCUGCAGGUGUUGCCCAAUGGCAGUAUGAAAAGAGCUCUGAGGGCUAUGAGGUGACAUUGGCAGUGAACGUGCUCUCUCAGGCACUCCUCGCCAUUCUUCUACAACCGAUGAUGCGGAUGGCUGCAACUACAGCCUCUCCUGAUGGGUUCAUGCCUCACCUGUCCUUCUUGCACAGUAUCGCCGGGUUUGAGGUGACGGCAGACUGGUUUCCAGCUGGCAACACGCAGUCACUGAUUCAACGUCUCAAUGAUCAAGAGAAAUGGGACCCAACCAAGCAGUACUUCCUCGCCAAAUUCGCGCUCUGGGGUAUAAUAGAAGGUCUAAUCCAGCGAUGCCAAGAAGACGACUCGGAAGCAUGUCGUAACAUCGUGAUCAAUGCUUCAUGCCCAUCAGGCUGCAAGACAAAUAUGGGCCGCAAUUUUCCCUCAUUUGUUAAGCCUAUAUUGGCAUUACAACAUUUCAUCUGCGGUCGAACCGCUGAACAAGGCGCGCGCUCCCUUGUCGGUGCCACAGCACUGGGUUCUGAGAGCACUGGUAAACUCUGGAGAAACGACAAGAUUCAACCGCCCUCAGACUUUAUGCAAAAUUCCCGUGGUCGGGAGAUCCUGCAGGAUACUUGGAAGGAAACGCUGGAAAUCCUUCACCAACGUAAUUUAAUGUAAUUCCGAAGCUAGAAACUGUAAUGCAA